CAUGCGUCUGUAUGGGUUACAGUUGCCAGCCAGCAGCCUAGGACACAUCAGUCUCCUGCUGCUGGGGGUUGACAUGAGCGUCUGGUCGUUGGCUGCUAAAGUCGCCCUCCUACGCCACAACCCUCGGGCCCUGGACGCCGUGCUCCAGAACUAUGCCAUCGCUGGGGACAAGGUGUGCAGCAGCGACUACGAUGACGAGAUGAUGCAAGGCUUCGUCAACAAAGGUCUUGUGCCGCGUCUCGUCGGCACUCCUCUGUACGAACCUUGCUGCCAGUUUCUGAUCCGUACGGGGGACAAUAAUGUGCUGCAGGGAGUGCUGCAGCAGCUGCAGGCGCGUCAUCCUGCAGAGGCUGCAGCGCUCUCGCAGCGUGUAGCUGCCGCCAGACCUGCCCUUGACUCCAUCUCUUCUGCCUUCAAGAAGGUCUACAGCAGACUCAUUUAAUUAGGGUGUCUACAGCUGACUCGUUUAAUCUUUCGUGGUUUUACAGCAGACAAGUUUGAUUCGUGAAAGGUUUACAACUGACUUUUUUAAUUCGUGGGAAGUCUGCAGCAGACUCGUCUGAUUCGUGGAAGGAUUACAGUAUACUAAUCUGAUUCGAGCGUCUGUAGCAAACUUGUCUGAUUUAGGAAAGGUUUACGGCAGAUUUAUCCGAUUCGUGGAUGGUCUAAUUCGUGAGCCUGCAACAGAUUCGGCUGAUGAGAAGAAAAAAUAAAUUAUGAAAAAAAUAAUUUUUACAUUGAAGUUACUUAAAUUAAAAUCCAGCUACACAUCGGCAAUAAUGAAGUGUCGGAUUGUUCUGUUUGAAUUAGAUGUAAAACGAAAUGGCAUUCGGAUAUUUUGAAGUUAUUUAAUAAAACUUACAAAAUGUA